GUCACUUCAUGAGAGGCGGCCUCUGAGAAGUGUAUCUGCUACCACUAAUGACAGUAGGGUGGUACCACCUGCGUCUGUUGCGGGUGGUGUAGGGAGGGCAAGUUAGGAAAUUGGGAAGUACGUCUCAUGGUUUUUUGGACUGACCUAGCGCAAUACACUCCGGCCCUCUGACAUGGAGACAUCUUGGUGAUGCACUAACUGUAGUAUUUGGGAAAACAGGACUUCUCAUCUCGUCAGCUGAUUAUUUAAGAUAGUUCUUGAGAUGGAAGUUUUAACUGGGUCAUAGUUGACGGGAGAAAAAACUUGUUUGAGUUUGUACUUUGGCAAAAGAAGUGCUAGAAAAUCAUUGGGUCCAUCAUCGGCAUUAUUUCCCCUUUUUUGUUCCUUUCAUAAUAGAACUCAUUGAAAGAAAUCCUCAGGACCUGAAUUGCUGUCCUAUACGAUGCUGUAGGAAAUGACCAAUAUCAAGUAGGCCUGGAGUCCUUCUAUUAACAGCGGUGAGCGCCAAGGAGAUUGUGUUGUCCCCCAGUGUUCGCCCCUUCUGAUUCUAAUUGCAUGUGGCUUAUGUCUUCAGAUAUGAAUAAACUCUGUGCAAAUGAAAAGGAGCCGUCUCUGUGCAAGUGAAAAGGAACUGUCAUAGAAAUGUGGCCACUUCUUCGUGAAUUUCUGGGACGUUUAUCAUGCCAGCCUGUAGUGCUAAAUAUGAGGAAUGUGCGUUGGCAGUCUGGCCGUAGGUUCAAGGAAAAGAGACGAAACUUUCUCGCAUAUGGUGGAGCCACGCUUGCUGGUAUUUUUAGCGUGUGGUGGGUGAAGCGAGGCAUACGGAAUAAAUCGAGUGAAGAGAAAGGGCUGACUAUAAUAGACAAGGAUUUUGGCAAGUUUGUCAAAUUCAAAGGGUACAUGUUGCCUGACCAUGUCUAUGCCCAGGUUGGAAGAGUUUGCGAUACGCUCUGAUGAUGUUUUUGUUGUUAGCUUCCCAAAGUCAGGAACAACUUGGGUUCAGGAAAUUGUCUACCUGUUGAUGAACAAUGCGGAUUUCACCUCGGCAAGUGAGAGGACAAUCGAGGACAGGUUUCCUUUCUUGGAGUAUCCGUGUCCGGGACUUGAGGAAGUCAACAACAUGAAAUCACCGAGACUGAUCAAGACACAUCUUCCAUUUAGUCUACUUUCAAGGCAAGUCAAUGACAAAAAACCAAAAAUUGUCUAUAUUGCUAGAAAUCCGCGUGAUGUCACCGUGUCAUAUUUCCAUUUCUGCAAGACGAUCAUCUUCCUAAGUUUCCGAGGGGAUUUUAAUCACUUUUACAACAAGUUUUUAAAAGAUGAGGUUCCCUAUGCUCCUUGGUUUGAACAUGUCAAAGAAGGCACUGAUCAUGAUGACAUGGAAAACGUCUUCUUCAUCACCUAUGAAGAGUUGCACAAGGAUAUAAUCGGAUCUAUUAAAAAGAUUGCCAGGUUUCUACAGAAAGACAUCUCAGAAGAGAACCUCUUGAGAAUUGCUGCAUUCUGCAGCUUCAAGAACAUGAAGAACAAUAAGACAUCUAAUUACUCAUGGCUCGAGGAAACAGGACUCAAAGGAAAAGAGGAGGCAUUCAUGAGGAAAGGGAAAAUGGGUGAUUGGAGGAACUUCUACUCAUCAGAGAUGUGCAUCAGGAUGGACAAGAUGGUGCACGAGAAGUUAGGGGGAAAUCAAUUUGUGUACGAACCUUCCGAUGACAGCUAAUUGAACCCUGUAUUUGAACUGUCCUUUACUUUUCAUGAAAAUGUGAAAUGGAGACCUUAUUUAUGUGGCAGGCAUAAUAUAACCUAGAAAUAACCUCUUGUAUGCUUUUCAUUGCAUGUGUUGUAAUUUAGAGUAUGAAUGAUGCUGAUACAUAUUGUUUUGCCAAGAGGCAAAUAAAAGAUGUUCAUAGUGAA